AUGAAUGCUACCUUUUUGCAACGUGAUCCAGGAUUGCGUCCGCAAAUAUGGGAAUUCCCUGUUAACUUACAAGAUGACAUUCGACAUGCUUAUAUUAGAGUUAAACUAUGUCAACCCAAGCUUUCGGAAUAUCCAUAUUCAGGAACGGGUAAUAAUCGUCGCCGAUUUCAAGCCUCUUGGUUUGAGACAUACUCAACUUGGUUGGAAUACUCAGAAUCAAAGGAUGCUAUAUUUUGUCUUCAAUGCUAUGUUUUUGCUAAGAAACCAACAGGUAGUCCAGGAUCAGAUGCAUUUAUAAGGAAAGGUUUUAACAAUUGGAAAAAGUCAGGGCAUAUUGACAAGAUAGUUGAAAAGCAAACAUUACAAGAAACAAAGAAUAAUCGGUUGCGGCUCAAAACCUCUAUAGAUAGUGUUCAAUGGCUUGCAUUCCAAGCAUGUCCCUUUAGAGGUCAUGAUGAAAGCUCUGGCUCGAAAAAUCAAGGUAACUUCAUUGAAUUGGUAAAACUCCUAGCAAGCUAUAAUGACGAUGUUGCUGGACUUGUCUUGGAAAAUGCUCCAAAAAAUGCCAAAUAUACAUCACCCAAAAUUCAAAAGGAAAUGCUACAUAUCAUUGCAAAUAAAGUGCGGAAUGCGAUUAGAAAAGAAAUUGGGGAUGCCAAAUUUUGCAUUCUCGUUGAUGAAGCUCAGGAUGAAUCAAAAAAGGAGCAAAUGGCUAUUAUUUUGAGGUUUGUUGAUAAAGAUGGUUUUAUUAGGAAGAGAUUCUUUUAUAUUGUGCAUGUUAAAGAUACUUCUGCAUCAACUUUGAAAAAAGAGAUAUGUGUUGUUCUUUCUCGUUACAGUCUCCAAAUUGAAAAUAUUCGAGGCUAA